GUGAAAGGUAUACACAUGCACGUAUGCGUAAGGAGAAGAAAACAAAAAAAAACAUUAAGGCGAAGCACGAAGGAAAGAAACACUUGUGUUACCGAACGUGUUCACAUGUGUAUGUGUCAGUCAUUCCCGCGCUCGUACGCGCAUACUACAUGUAAAUAUAUGUAAUACAAGCGGUGGUUAACGCACGUUUUACCCUUCAGUUUGUAAAUACGCCGCACACUGGAGUUGCCCUCAAAUGCGAACGAAGUUGGAACAACACUGAAAUGAAAUAACCCCCCCACAUAUACACACAAACACGGGAUAGCAGGCAAAACCAGUAAAUAUGAAUAUAAACAAAAUAUUUUUCAGCAAAGUUGGGGAGGUGAUGAAAAAUGGGAACAGUGGAAUGAACAUGCAACAAGGAGCAAAUCAGUUGCUCAGCGGGAAGAAAUUAAUAUACAUUAGUAAACCAACGCAUGGAGGUUUUAUAUACUGGAAAUGCAGGGAACUCAUACACACAGUAAAAAAGAAAACGAAAAGGUGCGCAAGAUACUUGGACAUUAAUCAUGACUUUUCUCGAGCCGCAUUAGUAGGUGUGCCCAAAACGAGUUACGACCCCAAGAAUAACAUUUUCUACAUUCAAAUGGAUAAUGAGGAGUGGGCAGGAAUUGGCAGCAAAAUGAUGAUGAACAUAUCGAUGAACAUUCUGUUUUACCUGCACAUAUCCUUCUGGAUUUAUUUCAUAUACUAUCGAAUGCUGGUCAACAACAAGAAUAAUGUGUUUAGCAAGUGGAAGACCGACGGCUGAGCAUGGGAACGUCGCCACACGGGGG